AUGUGGCUCCCCCUAUUCCUCGACCCCCUCCCCCAACUGCUCUACUGCAUCAAACUCGGCCUCCCUCCAGUCCUCCGGGCUCUCUAUUCCAACCCAUGGCUCAUCUUCUAUCCCUCUAAACUACAGAAGAUCUUCAUGGCCGGCUUCUGGGUCGUUUUCGGCCCAGGGCUAGACGAAGGUGCUGCCCCAGCAAAGCAGAGGCUCAUUACCCCUUUUGCCAAGGGGGUGGUGCUCGAGAUCGGGGCCGGACAUGGGCAUUCCUUGCGUUAUUUCGACCGGGAGAAAGUGGAGAAAUAUUUCGCUCUGGAACCGAAUGAAGAGAUGUACCCCGCAUUAAGGAAGAGUAUUGCCGACGCCGGGCUUUCGGAAGAAGAUGGAACGGCAAUCAUCCUCCCUUUUGGAGCACACGAAGUGGACAAGAUCCUCGCUGCCGUUGGGGAAAAUCAGGUCGAUACGCUCGUCUCAUUCCUCACGCUCUGUUCCGUCCCCAACUCCAAGGAAGUCAUCCCCAAGCUGUGCUUGGCCGUGCUCAAACGACCUGGAGGCACAUUUCUCAUGUACGAACAUGGUCUUUCCCCCGUUUGGUCAUCAAGGAUUUAUCAACGAUUUUGGAGUCCUAUCUGGUCCUUGACCUGGAACGGCUGUAGGUUAGACAGAAAUACUGUCAAGUGGGUCGAACAAGUGCCUUGGGCGGAGAAAGAGGUCGGGAAGGAGGACAUGCCGGAUUGGCACUUGUGGUACCGUACCAUGGGUCGAUAUGUACUUUGA